GAGGCGUGGCAGGGGGCCUCGACUUCCGGCCCCGGUGCGGACGUUUGCAGUGGGGCGCGUUGGUCCGCAUCCCCAGAGCUGUGCUGGCAACGAUGGUGAGGAGACCGGGGCACACCUCCGCACCGCUGUAGGACCUGGAGGUGGGAGCCGUCCCACGCGGCCCCAUCGUCCCAUCGGUCGAUGGCGGAGGGGAAGGAAGCAGCGCAGAUGAAGCCUUAGCCUGGAAAGCACACAGUGAGGACCAGAGGACUCCGAUGCUGCUGUUGCUGUUAUCAUGGGAAUUCGUAUCGGUCAUUUUCCUCCAUUCUUUUAAUAUGCCGGGGUACUUACUGUCUGCCUUCUGCAGUCCUCGUGGGAUUGCCGUUGUUUGUGUCAUCUUCACCGGCUUCCCCGCGAAAGGCUUUUCUCCUCCCAGGCACUAUUUCACUAUAUCAAAAGAUGUUGGUGAGCUUCAAGGAUGUGGCUGUGACCUUUACCCAGGAGGAGUGGAGACAGCUGGAUCCGGCCCAGAGGACCCUGUACCAAGAGGUGAUGCUGGAGACCUGUGGGCUCCUGGUUUCACUAGGGUACUGGGUUCCCAAAGCAGAGUUGGUCCACCUGCUAGAGCAUGGGCAGGAGCUGUGGACAGUGAAGAGCGGCCGUUCACACCCUACCUGUGUAGGUGACAAAGCACAAGUUCAGACCAGAGAGCCAACCACUUACCCACCAGUCUUAUCUGAGCGGGCCUUUCUCCGGGGAAGCCUGACUCUGGAAUGUUCAAGUGAUUCAAGGUUGGGGAGAUCUAGGGAUCAGGAAGGGCUUUUGGAAAUGCAGAAAGGUCAGGUGACACCAGAGAUAGACCCCUACAAGGAGACCCAGCUGGGGAAAGCGAGCCUUGAAGGUGAAAGUUUGGAGCCAAAUGAGAGUCUGCACUCCAGGGCAUUACAAGCGUGGUUAUCAGCAGAUGUUCUCCAUGAAUGUGACUCACAGCAGCCAGGGAAAGACACCUUGAUCCAUGCAGGGACACCCCCCUACAAAUGCAAACAGUGUGGGAAAGGUUUUAACAGGAAGUGGUAUCUUGUUCGACAUCAAAGGGUUCACACGGGAAUGAAGCCCUACGAAUGCAACGCGUGUGGGAAAGCCUUUAGCCAGAGCUCAACUCUCAUUCGGCACUACCUUAUCCACACCGGGGAGAAGCCAUACAAGUGCCCUGAGUGUGGGAAGGCCUUCAGACGCAGGUCAUACCUCAUGCAGCACCAUCCAGUCCACACUGGAGAGAAACCCUAUGAGUGCAGUCAGUGUCGAAAGGCCUUUACCCACCGGUCUACUUUUAUUCGCCAUAACAGGACCCAUACUGGAGAAAAACCCUUUGAGUGCAAAGAAUGUGAGAAAGCCUUUAGCAAUAGGGCUCACCUAAUUCAACACUACAUCAUCCACACUGGAGAGAAGCCCUAUGAUUGCAUGGAGUGUGGAAAGGCCUUCAGAUGCAGCUCAGAACUCAUGCAGCACCAGCGGAUUCACACUGGGGAGAAGCCCUAUGAAUGCACCCAGUGUGGGAAAGCCUUUCACCGGAGCACGUACCUCAUUCAGCACUCUGUCAUCCACACUGGGGAAAUGCCCUACAAGUGUAUCCAGUGUGGGAAGGCCUUCAAACGCAGGUCCCACCUUCUGCAGCACCAAAGGGUCCAUACAUGAGAGAACUCUACUGCAAUGAUUAUCGCAAGGCCUUCACCGACUGUUCCUAUUUUAUCAUUCAUAAUGGGACCCACACAGGAGGAAGAAAUCCUCCAAGUGCAAAGAAUGCCAGGAAACUUUAUUUUUUUUUUUUGUCAGCUCUUUCUUAACUAACACAUGAGCAGUUACUCUGGAGAGAAGCCCUGUGAAUGAAUGCAGUGAACGCAAGGAUCCCUUCAGCCACCACUCAGUUCUCACUCAUUGCAGACGGAUUUGUACCAGAGAGAAAUGUGGAAGGCAUUCCAUCAAAAUCAGGUAACUCAUGCUGGAGAAAGACAUUCAAAAUACACCUAUUAAGGACGGUCUUUGCCAGAGGAAAAUCUUACUGAGAACUCAUAAGGAAAAGUUACUACAUAAUUGUCACCGAUGUGAGAAAACUUCCUGUGACCAGGUCGUCAAUUACUUGUCCUAUAAAGAGCCGUGCUGGAAUCUGACCCGCCCUGGGAUUUAUUCUGUAAACUUAUGGAAACUUUCGGUACAGGACAGAGUGCACAGUUUCCUCUCCUUUGUGAAGGAGAGUUGACUCUUGAGGACCCCGCCCUCCUGCAUCCUCUCUCUGGAAGGCUGCAUGUAUUGUGGCUGUGGCUGUACUUGUACCUAAGGCCCUGGGUUCAAGAGAGUUGGAGAGAUCCCUCUAGAAACAUACUGGCUAUCAUCAAAGUGUUCUUUCCAGGCCUCAGGAGUGAUGUUUUCCGUGGGAUAAAGGACACCCUAGGGUUUUUCUUAGGAUCAGUUCUUUCUGUACAGUCUUCACUUCAGUGUUUGGUACGUGGAUCUGCUAUGAACUUGCUGCUGUGAUAGGCAGGAAUCUCGUGAGACACCUACCCUUAAGCGCCAUGGCCACUCACUGUCGUGGUCACACUUGGAAGACUAGGGUACAUGGAUGGCUGGGCUAUGGGUUCUGCCCUUGAGCAGGGAAGGAACUUCCUGUCUAUUAUGGGAAAAACACAAUGGAACAGCUGCAAUAUAUUAACCUAAGAUUGUUUCAGCACCCACUGUUAAGUCAGUAAAAGUUUUGAACUUAAUUCUGUAUCUUUCCACAAAUGCUAAGUUUAUGAUUAAGAUAAAACAUGUUUUCAUGUUCACAGUUGUUAUAACUUUGUUACAUUUAAUGAGCAAAUUAUAUAAAAGGCACCAUGCUCUUACGGUGCUUAAUCUGUGGAAAAUGCUUGUGGGGCUGGGACUAGUUAUGACCAUUCACUGUUGCUGUACUUCAGUUAGUAAAGGGUGAAUUAAUUUAGCAAGUUGGUCGUGCAAAAAUGAAUUCAAAAUUUUUUUUUUGAGAUGGAGUCUCACUGUCACCCAGGCUGGACUGUAAUGGUGCAAUCUUGGCUCACUGCAACCUCCACCUCCUAGGUUCAAGCAAAUCUCCUGCCUCAGCCUCCCAAGUAACUGGGAUUAUAGGCACAUGCCACCAUGCCCAGCUAAUUUUUUUGUAUUUUAGUAGAGACAAGGUUUCACCACGUUGCCCAGGCUGGUCUUGAACUCCAGCGCUCAGGCAAUCCACCCACCUCAGCCUCCCAAAGUGCUAGGAUUUCAGGCAUGAGCCACCAUGCCCAGCUGAAUUAGAAAUCUCAAUGUCUGUAAGUAAAUAAAAAAAUGUGUCGGGAAGGAUCCUCAUCCAGUUAUGUGGUACUUGCUUCUUGGGUUUACAGGGAGGGAAGGGAUGGAGCAGAGGGGAGUGUCACAGUGAACACUCACUUUAACUUCAUGCACAUGUGGAAAUGUUUGAAAUGUCCACAGUAAAUUUUAUAAUUUCAGAAAAACCACUUAAGGUUGAAAAGAGAAAUUUAGAAAUCACUGAUGGAAUAAAAACGUAAUAGAACUAGAACAGGGAAGGAAAUGAAGGAAGCAGGAAGUAAAGCAUCAGAAGUAAUUUGGAAGAGAGAUUCUAAAACGAAUGUGAACAACGGAGUGACCAGAAGAGUACAGGCAAUUAAGGCAAUUAAUAGUUUCUUUAAAGAAGCCGUCUCACAGUAGAAGCCUGUUUAUUGAAAUUGCCGUGGUUAUUGUUCACUCUGGCCUUUGAAGAACUGCAGAAAUUCACAGGCGACGGCAUUCAUAUGGCAAUUGAGUAUGUAACUGGAGUUACGGUAUCGAUUACCCUUUCAUCUCCGGUAAGAUGGACAGGUGUUUCUGUAUCACGGUGUCCCAGACAGUGUUUAGAAUUACCCAGCUUUCCAGUUUUUCUUAAUUAUUUUACAAGUUUAAAGUGAUAUACAAUAGAAUAUAUACCUGGUAUUUGCUUCUCAGAUUAAAAUAUAUUUGAACAUUAA